GCUAUACAUAUUAUUACUUUGAAAAAAAUUAAAUUUUUGAAAAAAGAAAGUGAAUAUUUAAUUAAGAGUGAAAAAUUACAAUUUUCUCAAAAGCAAAACUAGGUAAUAAAUACAAAGUUUUUCCAAUGAAGAACCAAAAAUAAAUUAUAUUGAAUAAAAAAAAUUUAUUGUCAAAGACAAAUAUAUAAGUUAUAAACAAAUUGUAAUUUUAUUUGAAUUUUAAAAUUUUUUCCGAUCUUUUGAUAUUUGUAAAAAAAGAAAUUUUUUUAUAAAGAACUAUUUGAAUGAUAAAUAAUUUAGAUACUAAUUUUGGGCAAUUAAUUAAAUUCUAUUUAAGAUUGUAUUAAAUUAACUUUUAAAAUUGCGCCAAAAAGAAAGAAUGCCAAAGAAAAAGGAUUCAGAAUAUAUGAGAUAUGUUGCUGCUACUGUUGGAACAAUAACUGCCGUCGGCUAUGGCGCAGCAAUGACAUGGACAUCACCAUCAAUUCCAUACCUGACAAGUGAAAAUUCACCAAUUCCAUUAUCAAAGGAGCAAAGUGACAUCAUAUCAUCACUACUGACAGUGGGCUACAUCACCGGCUACAUAAUGAAUCCCUUCAUCAUCGAGCAAUUUGGCAGUAAACGUACCCUCCUGAUUUACACCAUACCACAAAUGACAGCAUGGAUACUGAUAAAUCUUGCUCAAUCACCAAUCACCCUCUACAUUGCCCGAAUAUUCAAAGGCAUGGGCUACGGAGCCGGUAUUUGUGCCCUAACAAUCUAUCUCUCCGAAAUUGGCACAUCAAAAACAAGAGGCAUCUUCAUAUCCUAUCUCAAUCUUGCCAUGGGUCUAGGAUUCUUUCUCGUCAUGCUCUUUGGUGCCUACAUACCCUACAAAUACAUGAAUCUCAUUCUUCUAGCCUCGCCAAUUAUUUUUGCCAUUACAUUCAUUUUUAUGCCGGAAGCAUCUUUUUUUUCCAAAAUUCAAAUAAAGAAGGAGAAGGAACAAAUUAGCGAAGAUUUAAAAUCAUUCGAUUAUGAGAAUCAGGUUUUGAUGAAUCAGGAAAUGAGGUCUUUGAAACAAACAGGAAUUAAUCAUAGAAAUAUUUUUUUCAAAGAAGAAGAAGAAAAUGCUUCCAAAGAAGCUGAAAAUACUGGUGAAAAUAAUUCUUCUUUAAACUUAGGCUACGAACAAACCAAACGAAUUUUGAAUCCUGAAGGUAUUUUUGUUUCCAAAGAAGCAGAAAUUACUGGAGAAAAUAAUUCUUCUUUAAAAUUAAACUAUGAACAUAAAAAACGAAAAGAUUUCAAAAAUGAAAAUCUACAAACUAAAACUUUACAAGACAAAAACUUACAAGUGGAAUAUAUAAAAGAUAAAAAUUUUCAUAUCAAAACUUUACAAGAUACAAAUUUCCAAACCAAAACUUCCCAAUGCGAAAAUUUUCAUAAUAAAAAUCCCUCAACAUGGGAAAAUUUUCAAUCCGAGAAUGAAUUGAAAGCCGAUAAUUAUUCAAAGGAAAACGAAAAUUUCUCCACAUUAAAAAAUUCUCGCUUUUGGAAAAUGAUAGCCACACGAAAUAGUCGAAAGGCAUUGAUGAUAACCGUGAGUCUAGCGGCUCAAGAUGUACUCUCGGGUCACAUGGUAGUUUGGACAUUCACCCAACAAUUAUUAACAAGCAAGGAGUCUCCAAUCGAUUCAGAAAAAGCGACAAUGUUUCUGGCAUUGGCAAAAAUAAUCGCCUCCGGAAUAAGUGCGAAAAUAAUUGAAAAAACAGGCAGAAGAAAUAUUCUCUUUGCUACAAGUAUAAUUGGAACACUAUCGAACAUUACAUUGUGUGCUUUCUUUUUUGUGGAGGAAGGAAAUUUUAAUAUUUCCAUGUUCACAUGGUUACCGUGCUUUAUACUAACUUGCUAUGAACUAGCAAUGUCAAUUGGUUGUUCAAAUUUCUUUUACGUCUAUCAAGCGGAAUUAUUUACUGCCGAUGUUAAAAGUAUGGGUGUAAUGUUUUGUAAAGUUUCAUAUAUGGCAUUCUCAUAUUUUUGUCUCUUUCGAUUUCAAGUUUUAAUGGCCGCUAUUGGAAGGGGAAUGAUUUAUUUGAUAUUCAGUAUUUUUAGUAUUAUUCUUUCAAUUUUUGUCUUCUCUAUUACGCCUGAAACACAGGGCAAAAGUAAUGAGGAAAUUCAAAUUGUUUUAGGGAAAAAACGAUUUUUUGUUGUAUAACAAUUUUUUAACAGUAUUUCGAAAUUUAUUUAUUUUGCGAGUUGCCUAUUUAUUUAGAUCUAUAUUAUCAGUAUUGUAAUGAAUAUUUGUAUUUAAAUUAAAUUAGUUCUAAUUAUUAAUUUAAUGUAAUUAAUUACAAGCAAUAAUGUAUUAGCUGUAAUUAAUUUUUAAAUUACAAC